GAAGAUUAAAUAUAAAAUAGUUGAAUUACUUUGAUGAAAAAGUGGCAUCUCAAACCUUGAAUAUGGAAUUAAUUUCUCCCAUAAAAAUUGAAAGGAACUGUGAAAUAGAACGUGCUGAAUAUGGGAACAUGAACACAUUAAAGCAAAAGAAAAAUGGAAUGAAAUUGGAUCUAGAAAAAAUAUUAAAAAACAGUGUUGAGCAUCAGCCAUAUGAAAAUGAAAAAAAUAUGUGUAAUAGAAUAGAUAUCAAAACGGAAAAUCAAGAACUUGAAAAAUUAUUUUUCAUUGAAAGUCAAGGUACCCAUGGCAAUUUAACAGGCAUUGUGAAAAAUGAAAAUGAGGACUUAUGGGUUUACGCCGCCAGUGAAAAAUACUGCCAGCAAGAAUUCAAUCCUUUGAACUUGGAAAAAGAUGGUAGUAAGGUCCUUCCAAUAUUUAAAUGUGAUUAUUGUGAUUACACAGCAAAGAAAAAGCAUUACCUAAAGUGCCACAUUGAUAAGGUCCACCUGAAUGCGAAGGCUCAUAAAUGCCAUUUAUGUGAUUAUGCAACACACAAUAAAUACCUGCUCCAAAGCCACUUGACUGUUGUUCAUAUAAAAUUGAAGGAUUUCAAGUUCCAUUACUGUGAUUAUGCAACAAAUCGGAAGCAUCGCCUCGAGUCGCACAUCAAAGGGGAACACAUGAAUUUGAAAGAGCAUUGUUUUAUAUGCGAAUUCUCCACAACUAACAAAUCUAAUCUGAAGAUUCACAUAGAUUCGGUCCAUAUGAAAUUGAAGAAUUAUAGGUGUCACUUAUGCGAUUAUGCCGCCAAUCAAAAUUGUAUUGUGAAAAGCCACAUCGAGGUGGUUCACUUAAAAUUGAAGAACUUCCAGUGCGGGUUAUGUGACUAUGCCACAAAUCGGAUGUACGUUCUAAGAAACCAUGUAAAUGACGUCCAUGGGGAAUCGAGAAAACAUAAAUGUAGGCGGUGCGAUUACGUUACACUUUCGAAAUACGAUUUCAAGACGCAUACUAAGGUAGCCCACUUGAAUUUGAAGGAACAUAAAUGUGAGUGUUGCGAGUAUGCUACUAGUAUAAAGAGUAAUCUUACUAGACAUAUCAAGACGAAACACAGUACCAUUGGAUCAGUCUUGAAUUGUGAUGUGAAACCAAAGGAGACAAAAGAUAAUAAAGAGGAUAUUGUGAUGAUGAUGAACUCCAGGGAGAAUAUUAAGAAGAGAUAA